GUCCUUCCUGCCUUUGCUGAGGGAGGGGACGGUGCUGACGGCUGGGAGGACGAGAGGAGAGACAAGAAAGCUUUGGGGAGAUAUUAAAGAGUGGGAAACGGCCCAGGUUUCCACCGUCCGUCGGGAAAUUAACACCCCUAUUUUCUGAAACUGCUGGAUUUGUCAUCGAAUCGGCGCUGAAAAUGUCUACCAGUCGUCAGUUUAGCGAGAGCAGGGCCAUCCCGACCAGGACGGUGUUGAUCAACGACACAACGCAGCUACCUCAUGACUAUUGUACCACCCCUGGAGGCACUUUAUUCUCUACCACUCCCGGAGGAACCCGGAUCAUCUAUGACCGUAAGUUCCUGCUGGACAGACGUAACUCUCCCAUUGCCCAGACUCCCCCGGCUCACCUGCCAGUCAUUCCUGGAGUGACCAGCCCAAAUGUCCUGAGAGAGAACAAGAAGAACGAAGCCAACAACCACAUCAAAAACAACCAUGAUGGCAAGCCCAUAACCGGUGAUGAUGCUCAGUUUGAAAUGGAUAUCUAACAGACUGGAACACCACCAGCAAAAGAAUAUGACCUGGCAUCAUCCGUGUCAGUGGCUUGGCUUGUAGAAACCAAUGUUGUGAGCCCUCAUGGCAUCUUCUUUAGCUCUCUGUCUCGCUGCUGGAUGUAAUGUGUGUAAACCAUGGGAAUUCAGUGUAUCAUACAAACUGGUACAGUGUCGCCAACUCUGGAAACUACGUUCAUUUGUAUAGAUUUCCAUUGAUACCAGUCGCUGUACAAAACCACACAUUAAACGAGCGGGCCUCAAAAUUAUGUACCCAAACAAAUUGUCCAAUCUGCAGAUUUUAGUGCUCAUCUUCCAGCUUUCUGUGAGUCAUGAUCACUAACAGAGCACACCGCAAAAAGGACAAAAUUCCAAGUAAAUAUGGGGAGAACAUGGUAAUUUUAGCACUGGCCUUAGAAAUAUUUAAAAGCUUUGAUAUUCAUCACAUAUUUUGAAGACCAUUAGCAUGUUAUUUAAGUUAUGUUAAUUAGUUUUUGCUUUUUGGUUCUGAUUGAGAGCUACACAAUCUAUUCUCAAUGUUUUGGUCAGGUAAAUUUCCUGCAAUGGUAUACAAAAGGACGCUGUGUUGUUUUUAAGUUGCAAUUUUAUAAAGAUUUCAUGCCAUUCCAGGACUCUAAGUUCCAUUACCAACACAAGCCCGUGUGAGUUUUUAGACUGUUUAAAAAAUAAUUUUAGGCUGUUUUAAAAUGUUUUGUAAUCAUGAAAUUAUUGUAUAUCCCAAUAUAAUGUACAAUUAUUUAUAAUGCUGAAAAACAAGCAUUUUAUUCACAAUUAAAUUAAAAGUAUAACAAUGUCAAGCCUUUCAAUUCAUCACUAUGAUGAUCUGGCUAUACCGUUUCUUUUGCUGGGAAAAGUUAAUACUUUUUCUCAAGAUUUUAUGUCACUUUGACCUAACUGGUUAGGUUUGUUAGCAAGACAUUUGUGUUGAAAUUUGGUAAAUCUAAGAGAGGCAGUAAAAAACAUACUUCAGGUUAAAAUCCCAAUGGUAAUUUCUAAGUAAAAUACAACAAGAUUUUUGAAAAACUUGAAAUAAUCCAGAUAUUUUAUAUGCAUUUUAUUUUUGAAUACAGUUUCUUAGUAUUGAGGUAUCUGUUUGGGUAUCAGCACUGUCAAGCCUUUGGAUUUGUAAAAAGUGUCAGAGAACCAGAAGACAUUGUUUGCGUCAGGCUUGAUAGAUGUUGUCCCAUAAUCUACAAAUGUGUCCCCAGUGUCCUUAACUCAUCGUACAUUACCUUAUUAUUUUCUGUCCAUGCCUUAAUUUACACCAAAUGCAGUAACUAAAACAUAGGUUCCUAGUCAUCAAUUUGUACUUUCCAACAGAUGUUUAUUUUUUCACUGUAACAUUGAACAGGAAACAUUGUACUUGGCAUUUAAGAGAAAAACUUUUUUCUUUUUAUUGGUUUUGAUUUAAUUUUUAGGUUUUUUUUAGGUUUUCUCUUCCUAAAGCAGCUGUGAAGUUUGAAAGUGUGAUGGUGCCAUUUUGGGAUUUUGAGUUUCAGAUGGCAAUGGGCUAAAAGAAUGCCACUUGCUUUUUGAGUCCCAAUAGUUUAUUUAUUUUUUCUUUUGUACCACAAUCAUAGUCCAGUUGCUCAUUUUAAUCUUUCCAAUCCCAAUCCAAUUUUUUUUCUCCAAAUGUAUUCCCGGCACAAGUUUGUUUCUCCGUAUGAGUGGAACCACCGAAUGGCUGAAAUGGUGUCUAUCAAAGAUUUUCUUUUUUUCUUUAAGGCUUUUUAAUUCAUUCUGGUUAUUUUGGGGGAUUACACAUUAAGGAGUUGCUUGAAAACCUAUUUGUAUUGCACUUUUUUGCUUUCUAUUACGGCAACAUAAUUCAUAUUGCAGAUUUAUUUCAAAUCGGUUUGGUUUCACAUUGAGGGCUUAACAUUGUGUGUCGAAAGAGAUUUGAAACAAACUUACUGUAACUUUCUGUUCUGAAUUUCAGUUACUUUACUUUAAUUGAAACUCCAAUGCCAGUGGACACUUUUGCUGCAAGAUCAAUAAAGUUCCGUAAGAAAGAAGAUAA